AUGAGCUUCCUCGGCGAUCUCGUCAACUCUAUCGGCACGGGCGCCGCUCCUCCUCCAAAGACAACGGUACGAUCGGUCAGCGCAACUUCGCAACAACAUGUACCAUUGGCCUUCAAGUCUGGUUCCCGGCCGAGCUCCACGGCGCUACCUUCGCCACUCAACGGUACCAAACGGAAGGCUGAAGAUGAGCACAGCAAACCUCCAGCCAAAGUCAUCAGACCGAACCCCGCUCCUGGAUUGACCAGCACAGUGAGCAAACGCCCAGCAGCUCCCCCCUUGAAUGCGCCGAAGUCGUCCAAUGACAAGGCUGUUCUCGUGCCCAAGCCUAAGCUUGAGCCCAAUGGAACCGCGUCCAAAGCCGGGUCGACAUCGCCCUCAAUUUCCGCAACUGCAGCGCCAAAGGCUCCGCCCAAGGGUUCAUAUGCAGACAUCAUGGCAAGGGCUAAGCAGGCGCAAGAGACGAAGGCACAGAGUCAAAUCGGGCUUAUCAAACAUCAGGCCACCAACCGCGAACGGGUUUCGAAAGUUGCCGAGAGACGCCGCCAGGAGGAAGAGAAAGCGAAGGCUGCAAAGGCAACACCUGGAGCACGUCCGGCCCUUGGCAAGCAGGGAAUGUCGAGGAGCGCUAGUCCCGCAAAAAAGACUGAUCAACCUCGUGUGCCGAAAGCUCCUCGCCCGCCAUUACAUGCUCCAGCGUCCUACAAGGGCACGAUCGGCACCGCUGCCACCAGGCCCAGGCAGCAAGACCGGCGCAGACGGAACAAGUACGACGAGUACCUUGGCACGGAUGAAGAAGAUGCAUCAGAGGGCAGUUAUGGACGGGGGGAAGAAGAUGACUACGAGUCUGACGCCUCGUCGGUCAUGGAAGCGGGGGCAUUUGAGGUGGAUGAAGAAGAGCAGAGGGCUCUGAGAGCUGCGAGGGAGGAAGAUGCUAGAGAGCUCGCGCUCGAAGCCCAACUGAAACGAGAAAAGGAAGAGAGGCGACGGAGACUGAUGAACCUGGCCAGCAAGCGCAAGUGA